AUGACGGCAAACGGCGCCAGUAGUUGGUCGAGCUUGGAGAAAUUCAAUGUCAAGGUCGACACUCAGACCGGCGGUGCGACUUGUACAAUCCCCAUCCUGACUUCUUUCAGACGUUCCUCCGAUGUCGAUCCCGUUCUUAGCCUGGAGUACAGCUCCGGGGCCGCUGGGUCGAGUGGCGUGUUUGGUAUGGGAUGGCGUCUAGCCGGAGUUGAUUCCAUCUCACGCAAGACGUCCAGGGGCGUCCCGACCUACGAUGAUGAUGCUGCUGCGGAUGUGUUUGUGCAUUCCGCCCUAGGAGACUUGGUCCCCUCGGAUAAGCCCACCGGGACGAUUGAUGGGCAUAAUGUGCGCGGGUAUCGUGCGCGGGUAGAGGGCCAGCCGACGCAUGUCGAGCAGUGGAGGACAACAGAUGGGGCUGAUACGCUUUGGAGGGUGACUUCCUCAGACAACAUUAUCGCCAUCCAUGGACUCUCUGAUAGCGACCGGAUCUUUUGCCAAACAGGUUCAGGACCGUCUGCAAAGAAGAAAGUAUUCUCAUGGCUGACUUCGGAACAGUAUGACAGUCACGGGGAUUAUAUUGUAUACACGUACAACCCCGAAGAUAACGUGUGCGAGUCCGGGGUAUUUGAUGGUACCCAUUCUUCCUUUUCGCAGCGGUACCUCAAGAGUAUUCAGUACGGGAACGCUACUACUAGCCGCAGUGUCGAUGACUCGAACGCUGUGACGAGGCCUUCGGAUUGGCUGUUCGAGGUGGUCUUGGACUUCGGCGAGCACAAUGACGAACGACCUACCACCAAGGCGGAGAGCGCGUGGAACCGUCGCCAUGACCCGUUCUCGACCUACAACAGCGGCUUUGAGAUACGGACAUACCACCGUUGCAGUCGCGUUCUGAUAUUUCACCACUUCCCAUCUGAGCUUGGUAGGCAGGACUGCCUCGUCUCAUCGACAUGCUUCGAUUACGAGACAGACGAGCGUUCGGGCGCCAGCUUCCUUGCUUCCUCCGUUCAAAAGGGCCACAGUCCCAAGGGAGACAAUGACUACUGGACCCUUGCUAUGCCGCCAGUUGAACUUGGGUAUACCAAGGGGCCCACCGACCUUGCAGAUUUGCCAGUCGAGGAGACGGAUUUGCGCAUAUCGGGGCUGGAUACCUCUAUGGCGCAAUGGGUUGACCUGGACGGCGAAGGUGCGCCGGGCAUAUUCACCAAGUCCAAGGGUGGAGGGUGGUACUACCAGCGCAACGUCACGGGCGCGGAUGGCCCCCCAGAAGUUGGCGAACCGCGCCCAGCGAGAGCGCUAGACGUCGUGGUCGUGACCGAGAAUGGCGGCCUGCGUGGAUUUUACGAACGCGAUGAAGACGAUGGAUGGCUGAAUUAUGUGCCCUUCAAGCUGCAACCAAAAUUCAACAACCCAGAGGAUUACCGCUCUGUCAAUUUGAGCGGCACUGACACUGCCGAUUCGCUCUCCAUGGCGCUUAUGGCCGGUGGUUCCCUUGUAUGGCAUUCAUCCUUAGGCUCUGAUGGCUUCGGUCCAGCGCAGGCUGCUAUUGGGGCCCCGGUACUGUCUCUAGGGGAUCCUACAUCGCUGAUUCAUCUAUGCGAUAUGACAAGUGAUGGUCUGGCUGACAUGGUCGAGAUUCGCAACGGAAACGUGGGUUAUUGGCCCAACACAGGCCGUGGAACUUUCGAAUGCAGGAUCAUCAUGGGUAAUGCUCCCUUGAUGGCAGCUGGUGGCCUCUUCUCGCCGCAGCGAGUCCGACUUGCCGACAUAAUGGGUCUGGGACAACCGACCUGCUUUAUGUGCGCCCCAAGGGCGGUGCUGUGGCCUUAUUACAACCGCUCGGGAAACGACUGGAGUGAUGGAGACUUGAUUCCAGGGUUCAACUUGCUUGAUCGCACAUCGGCAGUCGAUAUUCUUGAUCUUGGAGGUCAUGUUCUAACAUCCCUAUGCUGGGUGUCCGAUCUGUAUCGCGGUGGUGGUGACGACGACGCUGGGAGCACCAGCGGGCUCUCAACGGUCCGUCUUGUGAAUCUCUUGGGCCCGCAACGUCCCGGACUUCUUGAGAAGUGGUCGAACGGGACCGGACUGGAGACGACAUGUACCUACAAGUCGUCCUUUUCUUUUUACAGUGAGGACGAGGCUCAAGGAACACCUUGGACGACUAAACUUCCGUUUCCGCUCCUUUGCGUCUCCCAGACCGUGAUGGUGGAUCAAGUCACGCAAACAUCAUCCACUGCCCGUUAUGCCUACCACAACGGUUACUACGACUACACAGAAAAGAUCUUCCGUGGCUUCCAGAUAGCUGAGACGUGGGAUACCGAAGAAUUUGACUCGAUGACUGCCUCGCCGUUUUAA